AUGCCGUUCCAAAAGAAAGUCAAGUCCAAUGCCUACUUCUCGCGGUACCAGACCAAAUACCGCCGUAGACAGCAGGGUAAAACCGACUACUACGCCCGUAAGCGCUUAAUCACCCAGGCCAAGAACAAGUACAAUGCCCCCAAGUACCGCUUGGUUGUACGCUUCACCAACCGCGAUAUCAUCUGCCAAAUCGUCUCCGCCACGCUUCUCGGCGAUGUUGUCCUGGCCUCCGCCUACAGCCACGAGCUGAAGCGCUACGGCAUCAAACACGGCCUCUCAAACUGGGGUGCCGCAUACUCCACCGGCCUCCUCCUUGCGCGCCGCACCCUCGUCAAGCUCGGCCUCGAUGAGUCCUUUGAGGGUGUGACCGAGAUCGACGGUGAGUACAAGGUUACUGAGGAGUGCGAGCACGACGGAGAAACUAGACGCCCGUUUAAGGCGCACCUCGACGUCGGUCUUCAUAGAACCUCGACCGGAGCUAGAAUCUUUGGCGCGAUGAAGGGCGCCAGUGAUGGCGGUUUGUAUAUCCCACAUAGCGAGAGCAGGUUCCCUGGUUUCGAUAUCGAGACCAAGGAGCUAGAUGCCGAGCUGUUGAGGAAGUACAUCUUUUCUGGCCACGUUGCGGAGUACAUGGAGACUCUAGCCGACGACGAUGAAGAGCGCUAUAAGUCCCAGUUCGGCCAGUACAUCGAGAGCGGAAUCGAAGCCGACGGCCUCGAAGAGGUCUACGAGAAUGCGCAUGAGAAAAUCCGUGCCGACCCAAACAUGGCUGACCCUGAUUGUGACAAGAAGGGCAAAGAGCACUGGAAGGCCGAGAGCGAGAAGUUCAGGCUCAAGAAGAAGACCCGUGAACAGAGGCGCGAGGCUGUUAUGGAAAAGAUCGCAGAGGCAAAGGCUGCCUAA